GUCGGUUCGUUCUGGUCGCCGAUAUGGCACGACGCCGACUCGCCCAUCGCUUACUACAACAACAACAGAGGGCGCUGAAGAGGGCGAUGGGAGGGGCACAGAGCUUGGUCUGGGUUGCAACCCUGUCGCUGUGCGUCGUUGUGCUCCUUGCAGAACAUGGUGCUGGUGUGCUUGCCGCAAGCGCACCGGAUGAAGCUGGUCUCGAAGGAGGUCGUGCUCUGCAAGCCUUGUCAUCCUUGUCAUCGCUCACAACGGCACCAGCCACUGCCACGACAACAACAAUGGUCCAAAUUGGUGUUCAACCCUUGCUUCAGCGAGUGUCUUCGCCCCUCACCACCACAACGAGGACGACUACCACCACAUCAACAACAACGACGAGGACGACCACCACCAGCACAACGUACACGCUCGCGCAGUUUGCAGGUCACACUCAAGCUGUGAAUGUGACCACACCAGCCGCCAAAUCUUCAACGACAGAGAAGUUGGUCAUGUCCCUGACCACAAGACCUCUUGUCACCACGACACUGCCCUUUCAAGGGGAUGGUAGUGGCUCCGGCAGCAGCGGUUCCGGCUCGGGAGGAGGCUCGGGCCAUGACAGCAGUGUGGCCACUCAGCGAACGACGACAACGCCACUGCCCACACAAACGCCAGUACCACGCGGUGGAUUGUCGACGGCAACAGCCACGGUACCAACCAACUGUCCUGAAGGCAGCUGUCAAACCACGUCCACAGUUGAAACAACAACAACAACAACAGCAACAGCAGCAACAGCAGCAACAACAACGACGACGAUGAUGACGACGACGAUGAUGAUGAUGGCAACAGCAACAGCAACAGCAACAACGACUACGCGUAUGCAGACCGUCAUGCCGUCAACAGUGUCAAUGCAGGAUGGAACUGAUGGUGAUGAUGCAGCGUCCUCCCCUUCGGCACAUUCGUUUCUUGGCGUUGCCAUUGGCAUCAGCAUUGCGUCAUUAAUCGUCGGUGUGCUCACCCUGGCCACCAUUCUGUGGCGUUCUCGAGCUGGGCGUCACAAGGCCACUGCCAUCACCACACCGGCAAUGCAAGCCCUGGCUAUUGCCGCGGGCGAGGGAGAACCACCCCGACCUCCUGUGCAGACGAAAGGGGGCCCACCAUCAACACCUGCACCACUAGCGCCGCCACCGUAUUCUCUGCCAGGGGACGUGCACACGUUUGCCACGGCGCCUUCGUCGUUUCUACCCGAAGGCAACACUGACGCCACCGCCGAGUCGUGGGGGUUUGAGCCACCUUCCCCAGGCAACUCGCUUCUUGAGGCCCAAUAUGCGCGCACGCUUGCGCAUGGCGGCGGUGAGGGGUGCAUCGAUGUUGAUGAUGGCCACGGGCCCAGUGGCGUGUUACCCUUUCUUGGCAUUGAUGAGCUUGAUACACUCGACUUUACACACCGGUCUUGCGAGCAGGUACAGCUGCCUCUGCAGACGCUGAAUGCAAGCAUCGGCACGUUUGCUUUACACACAGAGCACGGCAAUUUGGGAGAGCAGCAACAGCCUCACAGCUACCAAGAUCACGGGUUGCUCAGGGCUGACAUGACUGCUGAGGUGAUGGAUACAGACGUCGAUCGUGCCGGGUGCCAUCGCAGCCAUAUCACCGCUAUCUCAUCCCGGACGUACAGCAGUGGUGGCGAUGGAAGCAGUGGCAGUGGCGGGAGCAGCGAUCACCCCAGCAGCGACCAAGACGGCGAUGAAGAGCUCUCCUCUUCUCUAUCAUUGGCAUCGUCGUUCUCAAACGACACCUUCUCGGUUGUCGUGCAUCCAACCACCAUCGCCGUUGCUAUCAUCAACAACGACAUGCGGACCUUGCGAGCACUGGUGCAUCAUGAGAAGGUUCCGGAUGUACAGUGGUGUGCAGACAACAAGGAAACGCUGCUGCACCUGGCUGUAAGAGUAGGCAAUGUUGAGACCACGCAAUGGCUUGUUCGACACGGCGCCGAUGUGAACGCACAAUCUGAGAACGGCAACACCAGCCUCCACAUUGCUGUUGCGCAAGGCCAUGUCGAGAUUGUCUCGUACUUGUGUGCGCAGCCAUCGUGUGACAUUCGCGUGCAAAACAGCCUUGGGCAAGAUGCGCUCAUUCUCUCCGUGAUCUACGGUAAUCCGCGGUGCAUUGAGGUGAUUCCCAUUCGCAACCAGGCCUACGACUUUGACGAGCAACGAGACAUUCACCGUCGCAACGCUUUGCACUGGGCAGCUGCGAUGAAUGACAGCUUGAGCUUCCACAUUCUCCUUGGUUGCGGUGCCGAUCUGUCAUUGCGCGCACGCCACGGCGACACUGUUGUGCACAUUGCUGCUCGCGGCAACGCCGUGCUGGUGUUGGAAGUGAUUCGCCAGUCACUGAAACCAAUUGAGGUCAGAGGGUUUACCAAGAGCCCAAACUACACGGGGAUGACGCCACUGCAGGUGGCAGAGGCAAAGGAUUGCUUGGAGGCAGCGGCCUGGCUACGAUACUACACGGAAGCCCCACUCUCAAACUUUUCAACGCAGCACGCCUCUUCUUGCUUCUCUGGCAACGCAGCCACCUCCAUCCACCCAGGAGCAAUCGAUCACUUGACAUUCAGACAUGACAAUGCGAACGCUGAAUCAAGCGCGGAUUGCUGAGCGGGCAGCAGCAUCGUGACAGACAAGGUGCAACGAAACAAAACGCGUAGCAACAUGUGGCAGGGUUUGCACACCCAAACACACACUGCGAGUGAGUUGCUACACUCGCAGCAUAGGGUUAGGCAUCUGAUUUUGUAGACAACAUCAAUAGACCAACACACAUACA